UUACAUCAUUCAGAUGAACAAAUUCUCGCUGCACAAUAGCAUUAUUCUUCUGAAAGAAGAUUUAGAGAGUGAUAUUUAGUUCCAGAACGAGGCCCCGCGGCGGCGGCGGCGGCGGCGGCGGCGGCGGCGGCGGCGGCGGCGGCGGUUGUCAUGUGCACAGGCGGACACAAACGUGUAAACAAACCGACGAUCGAUAUUACUUCGGCGCUACGUAUUACUGUGGCAUUAUUCGUUAGGAGCGCUUCUCUAUCAACCAAAUCGUUUACGCAAUCUCGCAGCAUACUUUCGAGGUCGGAUUAGGCGGGAAUGUGGCCGGACCUUGGCUCCGACCACGCGAAUGAAGAACCCCGCUGAGCGAGGGGAGCACGCGACAUCCAAGCUGUGGAACAACGUGGCGUCCUGCAUGGAGAAAUGGUUCGGUGAUAAACGUCUCUGGCUGUUCGGCAACAACCUGCCGCUGCUGCCGAGGAGGUCGCGGGCCAGCAGCCGCGCCAUGGAGCGCUACGAGAAGUUGGCCAAGUUGGGCGAGGGCUCCUACGGGCUGGUGUACAAGUGCCGGGACCGCGAAACCGGUGCCCUCGUCGCUGUCAAGAAGUUCCUCGAGAACGACGACGACCCGCUCAUCCGGAAGAUCGCGCUGCGGGAGAUACGCAUGCUCAAGAACCUGAAGCACCCGAACCUAGUGAACUUGCUGGAGGUGUUCCGGCGCAAGCGCAAACUUCACCUCGUAUUCGAGUACUGCGACCACACGGUGCUGCACGAGCUGGACAAGUACCCCGCGGGCUGCCCCGAGCUGCUGUCGAAGCAGAUAAUCUGGCAGACGCUGCAGGGUGUUGCGUACUGUCACCGACACAACUGCAUCCAUCGCGACGUCAAGCCCGAGAACAUCCUGCUGACGGCCGACGGCGUCGUCAAGCUGUGCGACUUCGGCUUCGCGCGGAUGAUCAGUGGCAGCUGCUCUUCCGAGUACUCGGUGCACACCAUGAUCCCUUUCGGCGUGGACGUCAGGAAGAGAGCUAGCCCCGGAGAGAGCUACACGGACUACGUGGCGACGCGCUGGUACCGCGCGCCCGAGCUACUCGUCGGCGACACCAUGUACGGCCCGCCCGUCGAUGUCUGGGCCAUUGGGUGUGUGUUCGCGGAGUUGGUGUCGGGCGAGGCGCUUUGGCCGGGCAAGAGCGACCUGGACCAGCUACACCUCAUCCGCUGCACGCUGGGCGACCUUCUGCCGAGACACAUGACUAUCUUCUCGCAAAAUACAUUCUUCCAGGGCAUGGCGCUGCCCGAGCCCGGUCAGCUGCAGCCGCUUGAGGCCAGGAUCCCGCAGCGCUGCGCCAACAACGAACAGCUCAUGGACUUCUUAAAAAGGUGCCUGGACAAAGACCCGGUGUCGCGGUGGUCGUGCGAGCAGCUAUUGCGGCACUCGCUCUUCGAGAACUUCCUUUUCAGCGUGCCUCCGCCCCCGCACCACGACUACGACAAGGCACGCCGGGGACAGCAGUCGGCGACUAAGCGACAAUCGGAGUCAACUACCUCGCAGCAAAACUCACAGGACACGGCGAGUUUACAGAAAAAGAAAAGCAGCAAGAAAAAAUGAAUGUCCGCUGAAUAAAAUUGGGCUCCUGCUAUGUUAGUGUCGCGAUAUUGCGGUUAGCAGUUACAUUAUACAGAUUAAAUUAAUUAUUAGUUAAUUUUUUAAACUUGAUUUACUCUUCGCUAGACAUCGUCAGAAAAAAGUUUCCAUAAAGAUCGUUACGAACGGUACGACUGUUACAUGCAUGCUUGGUCAAAUAGGGAAAUCUAACGAAAACAACUACUUAUAAACGUUGACUUAAGUGUACUAAUAUGAACGACAAUGUACAGAAUACCUAUGAUUCGCACUCGGACCAACGGAGGCAACCAAUAAGGCCAUCUAGGACCUAUAAUACCUUGUCAGCAAGUACGA